AUGGCGACCUCGUUGACGGCCAAACAAUACAUCGAGGUCGCUCAAAGUCUGCCUCCUAGGCUGCUCAAUUUCUUUAAAAAGCAUCCUCCACCCUCCGUGGGCGUGCUCUCAAACAACCAGAAGGUUCAAUUGAUUGCCCGGAGAGACCUCAAAACACUCAACGCUGGCGGCUCUGCAGAUGCCGAAGGAUCAUCACUAUCAACCGAAUCCGCCACCUCCAAUGAAUCGACCUCGUCCACGGCAAUAAGUCCUUUCCUGUCGCGAAACCCUUUUCUCCCGAUGAAGAAGCCGAGGAGCACGACCUGGAUCGGGCCAUCCAUCUCAUUACGGCGGCAAGCCGAACUGUACAAGAUUGCAAUGGCCCACGGAGUCUUGGAUCUGAUGCCUCUAGGGCCAAAGCAUCCAGAAGUUCGAGAACAAAAGCGGAUUGAGCAGGGGCUCCGAGUACAAGGAACCGGUAUCGGCAAAAAGGUCAAAGGAAAAUACUGGGAGCGGACAAUGCAAGGCAAGUUGGAAGAGCGGAGGAAGGCUAUGGCAGGUAUGCCUGAGCUUAUCAGAGCAUGGAAGCUGGCUGGCUAUGGUCGCUACUGGAAGAAAUGGCCAAAAUAAAGGAGUGAUAUGUCACCUCGGAUGGCAUAGAAUUUUCGCGCCAACUCCUAUUCAGCAUGAUCAGUCAUCAUACUGAGCUGCAUGGAUCUUCGCCGGGAGCGCCGUUGAGGAAUCAUCAGUUAAUUGCCGUCUGGCGAUCGAUCGAGCAACGAAGAUGCAUUUCGUCAGAGAUCCAGGUUGCGAGUUGUCCUCGCGGAGGGACCUGCAUUCUGCAUUUUGGGUGAUCAGACGGUCCAUUACGUUACCUGGCCCAUGCGCGCGACGGUCAAUACCGCAGGACCUAUCAAUCGCUGUAGAAUAUGUAUUAUAAUCUGUAUCAGAAGCAUUGAACGUUGCGUCCAGAGGCUAACGUUUGACUGUUGUACAUCGCUAUGUUCAGUAGAAACUAUCAAUACAUAUUGAAGGAAGUUCGAGCGCUGU